UAACUGAGGUUAUGUUAUGUGUAAAUAAUUGUUGUAUUUAUAAAUGCUUCGCUUCGUCUUUCAAAAUCAAAAGCGUGUUAGUUAUGUAUGAUGUGCAUAGUCAGUAAAAUAAGCUUGUCUAAAUUGUUUCUGAAACUGAAAUAGUGACAAUUUUGUGCAAUAAGUUAGGCCUAUAUUUAGGCCUAUUUAAGGAGGACGACUAUAGGAAAAUGAUUACAAUUUCAUACGAGGUUAAUCAUGAUGAGAACCCUGAAGAACAGUCUCACACUGAGGUAUCAAAACUCUUAAAAGAUAUUGAAGAGUCCACUGGUGAGUUGAAUACUCUGGUGGAUAACUUGAAGGUUGACAUAAAAAGUGGCAAACUGAAUACAAAAGAUGGAAUAAGUCUUUUGGAUGUGAAAAACCAGAUGAUGAUUAACUACAUCUCCAAUGUUGUUUAUAUAAUUGCAAAGAAACUUCAUGGAAACAAUAUUGAAGGAGAUGGUGCAAUUGAAAGAUUGGUCGAGAUGAGAACAGUUUUGGAACGAAUUCGCCCCUUGGAACAAAAGCUGAAGUAUAUGAUGGAGAAGUUGGUAAAAACUGCUCUAACAGGAGCUGGUAAUGAGAACGAUCCCACUCAUUUUAGAGCCAAUCCUGAAAAUAUGGCUGCUAAUAUGGCUGGGAGUGAAAGUGAGUCAGAGGAAGACGAAACUCCUUCAAAAGACAAAUCCGAGAAAAAACCAGGAGUGUAUGUGCCUCCAAGAGUGGCUCCUAUGCAUUAUGAGGAGGAAGAGAAUGCAGCCAGUAGAAGGCAGAAGCUGGUAGAGAGGGCGAGGAAGCGAGCGCUGCACAGCUCUGUGAUGGAAGAGUUACGAGAGGAGUAUCUGGACACUCCAGCAGAGGUGACUCACAGCAAUGUUCUCAAGCAGUCUCUCACCAAGCAGCAGAGGUUCAAAAAUCGAUAUGAAGAAGAAUACUUCACUAGGCUGCCAACAAUGAAAAAAGACCGACAUAAAAGUCGUUACUCAAUGACAGUUGGCAACAUUGGUGACCAGCUGACUCACUUUGAAGACAUCCAAGUUCUUGAAGAUGAAGCAGCUUUUCAAGGCAAGAUGAAGGGUAAACGCAAGUCUAGUGGCAAAGCAGAUAAAAAGAAAGCUUUCAAAAGGAGAAGAACCCGUUAGAUUAAAAAAUAUAUAUAUAUAUAUAAAUAUAUAUUUGGUUUUCUUUGUA